AUAGUCUUGCAAAGGUAAUUUACAUUUAUUUUUACAGAGGUAUAUCUUGGUCAGUGUGACCUGUUAUUCAUUUAGUCACAGUCACUUAAUACUGACAAAUAGAAGUCCAUCCUGUCCUGCCAGGAUCACAUGGCCGGGACAUGCACCCAGAGGAGGACUGUCAUCAGGCUCAGGUACUAAAUUUGUGCAGACAGAUUUAAUCCAAUCGCAGGUCGCCUACAUCCAAUUAAUCUGUAAGGCGUUUAAUGAUCGUAAUGACAUUAAUUUAAUAUCCAACCGUGCACGAAUGCUAUCCUGAAUACACAACACACCAUGACAAACAAUUAUCACCAGGAAGAGUCAUGUUAUAGCAGUAUGUUAUAUUAUCAUUUUGAAAGCAGUAGGUGGCUUAAGAAUAAAUACUGCCAAUACAUCUAUCAUUUAAAGGUAGAUAAAGAACGAGCUAGAGUGAUUUUUUAAGUUUUGUUACGCAGCCUUCAUUCCUCUGCUGCUCUUCUUCUGCCAAACUACAGCCAAAAAUCUAGCAAUUGUGUGUGUGUUGUCAUCUACAAUGGCAAACUGAAAACUACCCCAAUAAGAGCUAUUAACUAAAUAUUGAGACACAAGACGUUGCAGUAGCAUGUGUGAACCAUGUUUGCUGAUAUAGUUACUGUGACUGCGACUGAAAGUUGGCCACAACAAUUUGAGUCCACACUAAGUGUGCGUUAGCAAAAGGUAGAAAACGUUGCCAACUGUUGUCUGUAUUAAGUUUGGCUUCAUUCUCCCCAUGCAUUGCAGGGACUAUUUAUCUGGCGCAGUGAACAUCGGGUGUUAUUCGGUCAGAAGUAUGAAUUCAUAAGACAUUUUACAAAGCGAAAACGAGCCAACCAAUCAAAAUGAAGAAGCGGUACAGAAGUAUUACAGGCCAUGUCGCAGAGGGGACUGAAGGAAGCGUUUGUCAGUAAUCUCAAUGGGACCAGCCUGCAGGAGGUAGCACUGGGCUCAUUCCUCUCGCCAGUAUGCCUCAUCAACAGGGGACUGAUAUUGAUCCUCUACCAUCAGGCUAAAGGGACUCUUCCACUGCCAUUUCCACUGAUAUCUCACCUGCUUCUAGACUUCUCUGUGCUUAUUCUUCCCCUGGUCGUGUCAUGCACCGUCCUGAGCAGCAUUCUUCUUCAGGUCAUCAUGAGCUUAACCUUUAUUUCAACUUGUGUAUUUUGCUAUAUUAAUCGCACCAACAGUCACCCUUCUACUCGGCACUCAAAGACCACCAUCAGCACCUUCCUUCAGAGCCAUGUUCAGUUCAACCAGGUUCCCUUUGUGACUAUCUUUAGAGUGUUUGUAAAUGUGAAAACAGCCAUCAGCAUUCUGGCUGUGGACUUUAGUGUCUUCCCAAGGAGAUAUGCUAAAACAGAAACCUAUGGAACAGGGGUUAUGGACUUCGGCGUUGGAGCAUAUGUCUUUGCAAAUGCCCUUGUGUGUCCAGAGGCACGGAGGAAGACCAUCUCAGGGUCCAGGAUGAAUCAUAUCACAAAGCAGCUCCUGUCUGUUUGGCCCCUUGUUGCUCUUGGUAUAGGAAGGCUAGUGAGCGUCAAAAUGGCAGACUACCAUGAGCAUGUGACAGAAUACGGCGUCCACUGGAAUUUCUUUUUCACACUAGCCAUUGUCAGAGUUGUGGCUUCUAUGCUUUUGGCUGUUUUACCAGCCAGUCAGUCAUGGGUCAUUUCCCUUCUGAUCGGCGGGCUUUAUCAGUUCACUCUGGAGACAUCAGGGCUGAAGGAGUUCAUCAUCCACAACAAUGACAGAGGAAAGAACUUUCUGCAUGCUAACAAGGAGGGCAUAUUCUCUGUAGUGGGCUAUGUAGCCAUCUACAUGGCAGGGGUUCAAGUUGGACUUUAUGUGAUGCAGCCAAGAUCCCAAGUUAAAGAGUGGCUCAGAGCACUUCUAAACCUCUUGUUUGGUAGUUUUGUGCUGUACGCUGUUUUGUACAUAUGUCAGGCGCUGGUGGAGCCCGUGUCUCGCCGCUUAUCUAAUUUACCUUUCUGCCUUUGGAGUGUUGCUCAGUCUUUGUUUUUUAUUUCCUGCCUCGGUAUAGCUGAUAUGGUUUUACUGUUUUCCAAAAGAACAUCAGGCUGCCAGUGUGUACCCUCAUCGUGGAAUUUUCAUAAAAAACAGUCAGACUCAGUCUCUGACAAAAAGACUGAUGAAAUAGAAAGAUUCUGCCUUGUUCAAGCUGUUAGCAGGAAUCAGUUGUUAUUUUUCUUGCUUGCAAAUGUCAUGACAGGACUGACCAACUCAGUAGUGGACACACUCAGCUGUAGUAGUUCAUUUUCAGUCUGUGUUUUGUUGUUGUACAUGUUCACAAAUUGCUUUGUAAUAUAUGUUUUACAUCUCUGUGGAAUUACAGUGAAAUUCUGGUAAAAUCACAUUUGUUAAACUAUGUGGUUCGUUUGUAUAUUUUAAUGUUACAGAAAGAUGUGAUCUGUCAUGUUGAAAAUACUACUGUGCCUGAUGUGUUUAUUUAUGUAAAUAAAUACAUGUUUUUAUAAAAUCUGAAAUUUUAAAAAAAGGUUAACAUUUGUUUAUGU